GUCCCCAACUGCGAACCGUAAUAUGUCUCUCCUGAGACACCGUAGGUGUAAACAGCGCAUAUGCUGGAUGUUCAAAUUAUUCGCGUGUAGUCAGUAAAGCGGUAUUUUUCUUUAGUCUUAAGAAGCGAGGAAAUAGUCGCAAUGUCUGUUCAACCAACAAAUCCCAACAACCCCAUAGUUUUCUUCGACAUUACCAUUGGAGGGCAGGAUGUCGGACGGAUGAAGAUUGAGCUGUUUGCUGAUGUGGUUCCAAAGACAGCAGAGAAUUUCCGGCAGUUCUGCACUGGAGAGUUCAGGAAGGAUGGAGUCCCUAUUGGUUACAAAGGCUGCACAUUCCACAGGGUGAUCAAAGACUUUAUGAUACAAGGAGGAGACUUUGUAAAUGGUGAUGGAACUGGUAUCUGCAGCAUCUACAGAGGUCCAUUUGCAGAUGAAAACUUCAGAAUGAAGCAUUCUAUGCCUGGUCUUCUGUCCAUGGCAAACAGUGGUCCCGGGACAAAUGGUUGUCAGUUUUUCAUUACCUGUACUAAAUGUGACUGGUUAGAUGGGAAGCAUGUUGUUUUUGGAAAAGUGGUCGAUGGUUUGCUGAUCAUGCGAAAAAUUGAGAAUGUCCCUACGGGACCCAACAACAAGCCCAAACUCCCCAUCGUCAUUGCACAGUGUGGAGAGAUGUGAUCAGCUUGCUCACAACACCAGUGUAAAAAACUGCACAACCUCUGCAUACAUGAAUGAGUGUCUAAUUAUUUGUUGAUAAUCCUCAGCAAAUAUCAACCCACGUAUUUUUCCUGUAUGAACGCCUUCUCCCAUAAUGCACAUUGUCGGACAUAUUUAAAGUUCAGCAGGUCAUCAUUUUGGUCAUUUUUGGAGUUUUGUACACCUACAGUAAUCCCAGGCUCACAGCUUCAGCCAAACCCAAAUAAGAUCUCAUGUGGGAGUUGGUACUGACAGGAUGUAAUUAAUAUACGGGUUUGAAAAUUCAUUUCGUGAAACUUUGGGUUCAGCACAAAGCAGUUAUUCAUGUUUUUCCUAGUACAAAUGGAGACAAUUUGUCUAUCCAUGUCACAAUAAGACAAAUAAAAAAAUUUGACUUUUUUAAAAAGCUUCAGAAUUUGGUCAGCAUGUGAAACACUCUCAUUCCUAAUUCAGUCACACUGUGUCAUUUAUUAUCAAUAAAUUGUUAUACAUUUUUCUAAA